AUUUUCCAGAUCUAAAUGUAUAUCAUGAACACAGAUAUGAUUCCAAAAUUCGCCUCGAAAGACGAGGAGAUUGACUUCUGGAAGGCUCUUUCCCUCAAGUACAAGAAAAAGUAAGAUAUGCACAAAUCAUGCCUUUUAUUUUACAUUAAUGCUAUCUCUAAGAUCAUCAGGCUUAACUUUUACUUGAACUCACCAGAAACUCAGAGGUAUGACAGUAUGAUGUUGGAAUCCUAUGGUUUCACUGUGUGCGUGGAAACUGAGCAACACUACAUAUACCUGUACUUUAAUAUCCUGAAUACUUCUGAAAGGAAAUUCCCCAGCCAGACUUGUUACAUUGACCUCAAAUUGCCUAGCUCUCCUCACUCUCUCGUUUUUAAAGCGCAGUAAUGAAUGACAGAUCCAGUUUAGCCUGCGAAAGUUCUUUAUGUAAGGCCAUGUUAGGAAUGUCCUUCAAUACUCCUUUAUACUUCCACAAAGGGACAGAUCUGUUUUCACAUUAAAAAGUAUCUUAAGGCCUCCCGAGUGGUGAAGCGGUCUAAGGCACUGCAUUGCAGUGCUUGAGGCGUCACUACAGACCGGGGUUUGAUCCCAGGCUGUGUCACAACCGGCCGUGACCGGGAGUCCCAUAGGGUGGCGCACAAUUGGCCCAGUGUCGUCCGGGUUAGGGGAGGGUUUGGCCGGGGGGGCUUUACUUGGCUCAUCGCGCUCUAGCGACUCCUUGUGGCGGGCCGGGCGCCUGCAGGCUGACGUCGGUCAUCAGUUGAACGGUGUUUCCUCCGACACAUUGGUGCAGCUGGCUUCCAGGUUAAGCGGGAGGGUGUUAAGAAGCACAGUUUGGCGGGUCAUGUUUCGGAGGACGCAUGACUCGACCUUCACUUUCCCGAGGUCGUUGGGGAGUUGCAGCGAUGAGACAAGAUCGCAAUUGGAUAUCACGAAAUUGGGGAGAAAAAGGGGGUAAAAUACAAACAAAAAAAAACACACAAAGUAUCUUAAAUAUACAAUGAAUGGGAUUAUGUAAUAGCGGUCUUAGAUUUAUGUUCUCUUUUCCCAUCUGUGCGAGACUGGCAGUGGGCGACAAACGUGACUCUGCUCCCUGUAGUGAAAUUAGCUGUGGUCUAUUUCUUUCAAUGAACAUCCUCAUCACACAGCACAGGCACACUGCUGUUUUGAUGCAAAAGACUGCUGAUAAGAUCGCAGUGGACAACUGACACACCCAGCGCUAGGGGAAACUACACCCAGUUAUAUAAGGCUCUAUGGACAUUUACACCCAAGGGGAAUCAAAGCCACUUCCCUUUGUAUCGCUCGAUAAAUGUGUGUUUAAGAUUGUCAUGAAUUUGGUACUGAAGCAGCUCCUUAAUAUCAACAAUAGAUGCUCUUGCUUGAGGAUUCCCCCAAACACUGUUGCAAAAAUUAUGUUUGCCAAUAAAGAGGAUGCUCGGGUUCCCUGACAGCUCAGGGAUAUCUGAAAGGGACAUUCACCUCUUGGGCAAAACAAGCAGUUAAAAGACUGCCGAGGGUGCUGAUGCUGCGUUUGGAUAAACCACAGAGGAAGUGGUAACCUGCUGGGUUUUAAAGUUAAAGAGCCCACUUGGCUUUCCCCUUCAAAACACCACUGCCCCCAGGGUAGCAACACAGGACAGACAGCCCAUAGGAAGACAGUGGGUGCUGUUUGAUGGCAUUCCUGUCUCCAGGCCCCCCUUCCACCCUGUCCCACCGGUCACAUGCCUGUAGCGUGCCAUGCCGAUGGUCCCCGGACACAGCCAUUUUUAGAGCAGCUAUGUGUCCAUGGCUGUAGUGGGCGGCAGACGCUUACUUGCAUAACCCCAGUCAACCCAACCCCCACCCUGAAACGCUGCCCUGUCCUGGCCACAUGCCCACUGUAAACAACCCAACCUUUUGGUUAUUUAUAUAAUAUCUACUUUUGCUUGGGGUAGCAGACAGACAGUCUGUUGCCGUUUGGAGAGGCCAGGGUGGACAAGUAACGAGAUGUGGCGUUAGGAAAGUCAGAGGGUUCUUUGAUUUGGAUUAGCUGGAUCACGAUCAAGUUCAGUUUAAAAGUGCAAAUCCUGUGUGGGCUUUGUGAAGCGGCCAGGAUCUGCUCUUUCAAUUUCCACUGUUUAAAUGGCCUGAAGACAGUUGUGUAUGUUUAAGUACCAACUGUAUGUCAUGUAGGAUUUUCAGGUUUUUAGAUAAACAAAGAAGAUCGGUAAUUUAUGGUUUGCUAGUUCCUGUUACUGUCUACAAAACAGGAUAUGCGUUGACUUUAAGAAGUCUUGUAGAUAGUAGAUACCAUUCAUCACAGAAGACUGUAACAUGAUUUCUAUUUUUAAAGACAUGCUCUGGGACUUUGGUGAAUACUAAGUACGUUUUAAAACUCCCGCUAUUACCAGAAUUACUGUCUUACCGCAGUUAGCCUAGCCACAAAAUCCCUAGUUUGAAAGCGACUGUUUUUCUGGAAGCUGUGCUGCGCCACUUUCCCUAAAUUUCAGUUUAACCAAUGAGCUUCAGCCCCUCACCAUAUGAGUGACAGCUAGCAAGAGUCACAUAAUGCACCCACAGCAGAGCAAGAGCGAGAGAGAGGGCAAUGAUGUGGUGCACAUAUCUGCACGUGACGUAAUACGCAAUUUUCGGGGACCACUUUUGGCUCGUGAGCGUUACUUUCAGAACUACUGGCUAAAAGGUAUACAAAAGUACUGGAGAAUCUCUUCAAGUCUUAUAUACUUUACUUGGGUACUUUAAUUUCAUAGUAAAAACCUAAUAAAUACUAAUGGACUGUUAAAUAACAAUGUUGGUGUACUAACCAUGUCCUCCGGUGGUGUCUGCCCUGUCAGUUGCCAGGAGGCCCAGGAGGAGCUGCUGGAGUUCCAGGAGGGCAGCAGAGAGCUGGAGGCAGAGCUGGAGACCCAGCUGGGCCAGGCUGAGCACCGCAUGAGAGUCCUGCACUCUGAGAACAGCAGGCUCAAGAACGAGGUGGACUCACUCAAGGUGCACAAGAGGGACACAAUGCACUAGAUUGGCUCAAGUAAAAAGUAUAUACAUAUAUUUUCUUGGAAUGUGGCAUUUUACAAAUCCGAAAUCCUGUGAAUUACGAGUUUACCGCCUUUAGCGUUCAUGCUCCUCUUUUGACAACCUAAGAAACACGUCAUAACCUUGACAUAAUAAAUGAUUGAUGAUUAUUUGAAGCUGCCUUAUAUCAUUAUGGCUUGUCCUUUAGUGCUGUCUCCGGAGAGGAGGCACUUUUCUUUAGCAUGUCUGUCAGUAUCCCAACCUAUAGAAGUUAUUAAUGACAUUUACAUUUGUACAUUUUAGUCAUUUAGAGCGACUUACAUAAUUUUUUUAUUUUUCAUACUGGCCCCCCGUGGGAAUCGAACCCACAACCCUGGUGUUGCAAACACCAUGCUCUACCAACUGAGCUACAUCCCUGCCGGCCAUUCCCUCCCCUACCCUGGACGACACCGGGCCAAUUGUGCGCCGCCCCAUGGGUCUCCCGGUCGCGGCCGGCUACGACAGCCGUAUCAGGCAUGGUCAGCAGUAAAGCGGUAAAGGAGAGAGGGUUCUUAGUCAGAAAUCGUAUAAGUCAGGCAGACAAGGAACUCUCUUUCCCAAUCUUGCUCUGAUCACUACUACGGGGAAUCGGCACCUGUGCUUAACUGCCCCUCGACAUCCUGUUAUAUCCAGCUGUGGUUAAUUUGCAUGAAACACAUCAUUCUCAUACAUAAUGCAUCAGCAGCACGUUCAUUCUCACACCUUAAUUAGCGCUGGGAUGAGUGUGGCUCUGUGUCCAUGCUCACAUUACAACUCCAGCCAUGCGAGUCAGUGAGUCACCCCACCGGUGAUGGUGAGAUUGUUCGUUAUCCCAGGCAAUUAAAAAACAUGUAUUGCUUUCAUGCCUUUGUUUAUGAAAAAUACCACAGCAAUGACUAGUUUUCUCAUUCUGAUGCCAGAGACUGUGUCUGUGACACCUUGAGUAACGUCUUGUUAUGGGAUACGAGCUACUUGACGUAGGCUAGAAUGUAUGUGUUGAUGUAGUAAGUGUGAAUAUGUAGUUAAUGUAAAACGGCAUUUCAGGACAAAGCAGGGCUUGUCUGGCCCAGGUUAGUGGUUAAUUGAUUCAGACGUGACAUAUCCAGAAGAUAUAGGUCAGACAGGCAGGCAGACCCAGUCACAUUUAUUGAGCUGAGCUCCAGAGAGCUGGAGCUGGAGGAGAAGAUAUGGGUCACAUCAUCACCCCAUACCCUGAGAAUGCUUGAGUAAAUGGAGCACAACGGAGUGCUCUUAAAAAUAGAUGACAGAAUGUAGGUUACUACGGUGGUUCCCACAGUGGGUGUGCGUGUGACUGCGGGGUGUUAGGAAAAUAUUUUACUAAGUAAAAACCCCAUUCUUGAAAGCUUUAACGUCCUUCGCCUAUUUUAAAAUGGUUGCAUGUUAACAAGUAACACCCGCUCCCCCCCCUCUAUCUCUUCUCUCUCCUCAUCUCUCAAACCCCCCUCCCCCCCCUCCAGGACAAACUAGAGCAGCAGUAUGCCCAGAGCUACAAACAGAUCAACAUGCUGGAGGAUGACCUGGGACAGACCCGGGGCAUCAAGGAGCAGCUCCACAAAUACGUGCGGGAGCUAGAGCAGUCCAACGACGACCUGGAAAGAGCUAAGAGGUCAGCAAAGAGACCAGACCACUACACAGUAUCUAACAGACAAAUACUGGAUACAGCAUUAGAAGAGGAGCUGUAGAAGUCAUAACCUGGUAUUUACUAUAUACUUCAGGAUGUUUGUUUUGGAUGAAAAAGGCAAUAGUAGAGGAAAUAUCUACCAGUAGUACUAAUCUAACAGUAGAAGCAAAAGUAUUCAUCCUCUUUCAGAACACAGUCAUACAUUAACCCCAUGCAGAGAGGUGCUGAUGAAUGCUGGAGGCUGAGAUGCUUGUUGCAUGUUUCCUAAUUAAUUCCCCACUGUGCUUUUCAUUGAGAGUAAUCGGAUAACUGAUGGAAAAUCCCCAUUCCAAUUAAAACAUGCCACUGGCCCAAAUGGGUCUGAUUGCUGUAAAUUCACCGGCCAGUUUAUUAGGUACACCACCCCGUUCACGAACAUGGAUCGCUCCUACAGACAGUGAGUCACGUGGCCGUGGCUUGCUAUAUAAAGCAGGCAGACGGGCAUCAAGGCAUUCAGUUACUGUUCGAUUGAAUGUUAGAAUGGGAAAAACAAGUGACCUAAGCGACUUUGAGCGUGCUAAGAUCGUCAGUGCCAGGCGCGCCGGAUCCAGUACCUCAGAAACGGCCUCCUGGGCAAUUCACGCACUACAGUGUCUAUGGUUUACCGAGAAUGGGGCGACAAAACAAAAAAGAACCAAUCAGCGGCAGUCCUGUGGGCAAAAAGAGCUCGUUAAUGAGAGUAGUGUUGUCACGAUACCAACAUUUUACUAACGAUACGAAACCAGGACAAGUAUCACGAUGCCAAGUAAUAUCGCAAUACCACGGGGGGGGGGGGGGGGGAUUCAGUGGCCUAGUGUCCUGUUCGCCCCAUCCCCCCCGAUGCUUGUUCCCAUUUUCUAAACGUUAUGUGCAUGUGCUACACAAAAAACAUGUCACUGAUAUUCACACUUCUACUCAAUACAACACAUAUAGCAUUUAACUUCACACUGUUCACUAUAAUAGAAUACUGCAUAGAAUGGCGGAUUUGCUCAUAUUUGCAAAGGCCUACGUGUGAUUUGGCUGGAGGAAUGGGAGGAAUGAAUACACAUGCAUAAUGAUCUGCAUGUCAUUGUGGCAGUAAGGGGAAAACACUGCAUGAAACCUUCUUUACUCUUCAGUUGUAACACACACACUCCCUCCCUUACAUACUCUCUCUCUCAUAAAUACACACACCACUCUUUGAUAUAGUUUAGGCUUACAUUAGGCCUAUAUGAAUCCUUUGAAGCACAUCUCAUGAGUAGCAGACCCUUUUCCUUUCUUCCAGUGCCAAUCAAAUUUGCCUGAACCUACUGUCAAGUUACCAGGUUGUUAGCUAGCUAGGUAAAAUGACUGAAUAAUGUUGUUCUUUAUCAAACCAGUAAUUAUCGGCCCAGGAUUGGUUUAAAAUGGCCCGCGACAUGGUUAAAAUGUAUAUCAAAUGUGCGCGACAUCGCGCAGAAAGGUAACUCCGGUUGAAUGGCUCAUAUUUUUUUAAUCAUUUGAGCUAGAGAAGUUAUGUUUUCUUUGCUGUAAAGCUGCACGCAUGCCCACAAAGCUGUUUUUCCUCUCUGGCACUGCUGCGUGACAGCAAACUUGCAAAGCCGACUCAGACUCGCCUGUGCACUGGUUAUAUCUGGGAAUAAAUUAUAUACAAUGUAUCAACUUUGCUUGCUCUCUGCGCUGCUCCAAUGUAUGAAAUGUACAAAUGUAACAACAGAAGACUCAUCAGUGUCUGAAUUCCUGCUCGCCUUCACAGAUAAAUUAUAUUUUAAAAACUGAUGAAGGAAUAGAUGAGCAGGAAGAGCGGAUGGAGAGAAGCAGGCAAGUGAGGGCUGGAAGGGGAUGGGGCUGGCUGAUUACAGCUGCCACACGUGAUAUGCGCAUGAAAGUGAAGUGGACAUAAUUGAACCGGCGAAUACUAGACUAGUUGCUGUUGCUUAACCUCUUAAGGAUCGGACCCUUUUUUUAUAUUUUCGCCUAAAAUUACAUACCCAAAUCUAACAGCCUGUAGCUCAGGACCUGAAGCAAGGAUAUGCAUAUUAUUGAUUCAAUUUGAAAGGAAACACUUUGAAGUUUGUGGAAAUGUGAAAUUAAUGUAGGAGAAUAUAACACAUUAGAUCUGGUAAAAGAUAAUACAAACAAAAAAACAUGCAUUUUCUAUUUAUUGUUUUGUUCCAUCGUCUUUGAAAUGCAAGAGAAAGGCCACAAUAUAAUAUUGCAGUUUAGGUGCAGAUUUUGGCCACUAGAUGGCAGCAGUGUGUGUGUGCAAAGUUUCAGAUUGAUCCAGUGAAGCAUUGCAAUACUGGACUAUUUUGUAUCAAGUCUGACCAAAUGUCCCAAAUUGGUCAAUUGAUACAUUUUCAAGUACAUACAGUGCCUUGCAAAAGUAUUCAUCCCCCUUGGCGUUUUUCCUAUUUUGUUGCAUUACAACCUGUAAUUUUAAAUGGAUUUUUAUUUGGAUUUCAGGUAAUGGACAUACACAAAAUAGUCCAAAUUGGUGAAGUGAAAUGAAAAAAAUAACUUGUUUCAAGAAAUUCUAAAAAAUAAAUAACGGAAAAGUGGUGUGUGCAUAUGUAUUCACCCCCUUUGCUAUGAAGCCCCUAAAUAAGAUCUGGUGCAACCAAUUACCUUCAGAAGACACAUAAUUAGUUAAAUAAAGUCCACCUGUGUGCAUUCUAAGUGUCACAUGAUCUGUCACAUGAUCUCAGUAUAUAUACACCUGUUCUGAAAGGCCCCAGAGUCUGCAACACCACUAAGCAAGGGGCACCACCAAGCAAGCGGCACCAUGAAGACCAAGGAGCUCUCCAAACAGGUCAGGGACAAAGUUGUGGAGAAGUACAGAUCAGGGUUGGAUUAUAAAAAAAUAUCAGAAACUUUGAACAUCCCACGGAGCACCAUUUUAAAUCCAUUAAAAAAAUGUUUUAAGAAUAUGGCACCACAACAAACCUGCCAAGAGAGGGCCGCCCACCAAAACUCACGGACCAGGCAAGGACGGCAUUAAUCAGAGAGGCAACAAAGAGACCAAAGAUAAACCUGAAGGAGCUGCAAAGCUCCACAGCGGACAUUGGAGUAUCUGUCCAUAGGACCACUUUAAGCCGGACACUCCACAGAGCUGGGCUUUACGGAAGAGUGGCCAGAAAAAAGCCAUUGCUUAAAGAAAGGAAUAAGCAAACAUGUUUGGUGUUCGCCAAAAGGCAUGUGGGAGACUCCCCAAACAUAUGGAGGAAGGUACUAGGAAAACGCUAUGUCUGGUGCAAACCCAACACCUCUCAUCACCCCGAGAACACCAUCCCCACAGUGAAGCAUGGUGGUGGCAGCAUCAUGCUGUGGGGAUGUUUUUCAUCGGCAGGGACUGGGAAACUGGUCAGAAUUGAAGGAAUGAUGGAUGGUGCUAAAUACAGGGAAAUUCUUGAGGGAAACCUGUUUCAGUCUUCCAGAGAUUUGAGACAGGGACGGAGGUUCACCUUCCAGCAGGACAAUAACCCUAAGCAUACAGCUAAAGCAACACGAGUGAUUUAAGGGGAAACAUUUAAAUGUCUUGGAAUGGCCUAUUCAAAGCCCAGACCUCAAACUAAUUGAGAAUCUGUGGUAUGACUUAAAGAUAGAUGUACACCAGCGGAACCUAUACAACUUGAAGGAGCUGGAGCAGUUUUGCCUUGAAGAAUGGGCAAAAAUCCCAGUGGCUAGAUGUGCCAAGAUACUUGCAGCUGUAAUUGCUGCAAAAAGUGUCUCUACAAAGUAUUGGCUUUGGGGUGGGUGAAUAGUUAUGCACGCUCAAGUUUUCUGUUUUUCUGUCUUAUUUGUUGUUAGUUUCACAAAAAAAUAUAUUUUGCAUCUUCAAAGUGGUAGGCAUGUUGUGUAAAUCAAAUGAUACAAACCCCCCAAAAAUCUAUUUUAAUUCCAGGUUGUAAGGCAACAAAAUAGGAAAAAUGCCAAGGGGGGUGAAUACUUUCGCAAGCCACUGUAACUAUAGAGAACAUACAUUUUGUUUACCAUAUCAUUUUUGUAAGUUUACACACUCCCAGGAAUGUCAUACAUGAUGGAUAAUUAGCUUAUACACUAACUUUCACACAUCUAGAUGACCGGGCGGGGUGGGUGUGGAGCCAGAGACAGGAGGGGUUCAAACUUUAGAACCCAGUUCCUACAUUUGAAUAUAAACAUGGAUUUUAUCAAACAAAACUAUGUUACAUUUUAUCUCUGGGACCCUUAGGAUGACGAAUCAGAGCAAGAUAACUGAAUGUAUGUACAUUAUUUACCUUCAGAGGUGAAUGUAUCAAACCAGUUGCCAUGAUACGUUUUUUGUUGUUGUGCAAUCUCCUCAUACAUUAGCAUGUUAUUUUUUCACUGUAAUAGCUACUGUAAUUGGACAGUGCAGUUAGAUUAAUAAGAAUUUAAGCUUUCUGCCUAUAUAAGACAUGUCUAUGUCCUGGAAAGUUUGUUGUUACUUACAACAGUCAUGCUAAUCACAUUAGCGCACGUUAGCUCAACCGUCCCGUAUACGGCACACUGAUCCCGUAGAGGUUUAAAAGUUUUACUGAAUUUAUAAACGAAAUGGUAGUAUCAUAUGAAAUGGUAUUCUAAAAUGUUGGUAUCAUAAGUUUAAUGAUGUUUUGGUACAGUUGUACCGUGCAACACUAAUGAGAGAGGUCGAAGGAGAAUUGCAAGAAUCGUCUAAGCUAACAGGCGGCCACAAACAGACAAAUAACGGCGCAGUACAACAGUGCAGAAUGGCAUCUCGGAACGCACAACUCGUUGAUCCUUGUCACGGAUGGGCUACUGCAGCAGGCGACCACACCAGGUUCAACUUCUAUCAGCUAAAAACAAGAAUAAGUGCCUCCAGUGGGCAUGUGAUCACCAUCCCUGGACAAUUGAGGAGUGGAAAAACAUCGCCUGGAACAUGACAGCAAGUUCAGUUUACUUGAAUGGCCUGCACAGUCCCCAGACCUCAACACAAUAGAGCGUCUUUGGGAUGAGAUGGAUUGGGCUGUUCGGAGCAUGAAUGUACCGCCAUCCAAUCUGCAGCAACUGCGUGAUGCCAUCGUGUCAGCAUGGACCAACAUCCCUGUGGAACGUUUCCGACACCUUGUAGAAUGCCCUGAGGAAUUCAGGCUGUUCUGGAGGCCAAUGGGGGUCCGACCUGGUACUAGAUGGGUGUACCUAAUAAAGAGUGAGUGUGUGUGUGUGUGUGUGUGUGCGUCCCAUGUUCCCAGAAAUUUUCCAUACGCACAAAAACCUUAUUUCUGUCAAAUGUUGUGCACAAAUUUGUUUACAUCCCUGUUAGUGAGCAAGUUUUAAGGGAGUGUGCAAUUGGCAUGCUGACUGCAGGAUUGUCCACCAGAGUUGUUGCCAGAGAAUUUAGUGUUAAUUUUUGUACCAUAAGCCGCCUCUGUCGUUUUAGAGAAUUUGGCAGUACGUCCAACCAGCCUCACAACUGCACACCACAUGUUACCACGCCAGCCCAGGAUCUCCACAUCUGGCCUCUUCACCUGCGGGUUGGUCUGAGAGCAGCCACCCGGACAGCUGAUGAAACUGUUGGUUUGCACAACCGAAGAAUUUCUGCACAAACUGUCAGAAACCAUCUCAGGGAAGCUCAUCUGCGUGCUUGUCGUCUUCACCAGGGUCUUGACGACUGCAGUUCGGCGUCGUAACCUACUUCAAUGGGCAAAUGCGCACCUUCGAUGGCCACAGGCACGCUGGAGAAAUGUGCUCUUCACGGAUUAGUCCCGGUUUCAACUGUGCCGGGCAGAUGGCAGACGGCGUGUAUGGCGUCAUGUGAGCGAGCGGUUUGCUGAUGUCAACGUUGUGAACAGAGUGCCCCAUGGUGGCGGUGGGGUUAUGGUAUGGGCAGGCAUAAGCUACGGACAGCGAACACAAUUGCAUUUUAUCGAUGGCAAUUUGAAUGCAUAGAGAUACCGUGACGAGAUCCUGAGGCCCGUUGUGAGGCCCAUUUUUUUCCGCUGCUAUCACCUCAUGUUUCAGCAUGGUAUUGCACGGCCCCAUGUCGUAAGGAUCUGUACACAAUUCCUGGAAGCUGAAAAUGUUCCAGUUCUUCCAUGGCCUGCAUACUCACCAGAAAUGUCACCCAUUGAGCAUGUUUGGAAUGCUCUGGAGGAAUCCUGGCAACAUCCCUACGGUGAAACAAGGUGGUGGCAGCAUCAUGUUGUGGGGAUGUUUUUCAACGGCAGGGACUGGGAGACUAGUCAGGAUCGAGGGAAAGAUGAACGGAGCAAAGUACAGAGAGAUCCUUGAAGAAAACCUGCUCCCGAGCGCUCAGGACCUCAGACUGGGGCAACAGGUGAACCUGUUGGAAGGCCCUAAGCACACAGCCAAGACAACGCAGGAGUGGCUUCGGGACAAGUGUCUGAAUGACUGCAGAGAAUUAUGGGAGAAACUCCCCAAAGCUUGUAGCGUCAUACCCAGGAAGACUCAAGGCUGUAACCGCUGCCAAAGGUGUUUCAACAAAGUACUGAAUAAAGGGUCUGAAUACUUAUGCAAAUGUGAUAUUUCAGUUUUUAUUUUUUAUAAAAUUGCAAAAAAUAUGUAACUGUUUUUGCUUUAUCAUUAUGUGGUAUUGUGUGUAAAUUGAUGAGGAAAUACAAUAAAAAAAAAUCUAUUUUAGAAUAAGGCUGUAACGUAACAAAAUGUGGAAAAAGAAAAGGGGUCUGAAUAAUUUCCGAAUGCACUGUAUAUGCUCCCAACAAUUUUAACGGGUAAGCUUAACAAGUGAUAGCAACUCAGUGCCUUCUUACAUCAUGAACGCUUGAACCAGGGUAUGUAGACAAUUAGUGCAACCAAUGAACAUAGUAAGGGGUGUGUCAUACUAAUUAGAAUUAAUAAGGGAUUAAAAAGUAGAACUGUUAAACAAUAGUUUAUAGCAUGUUGAAUAUAUGGGACUAUUAUUUACAUAAUAUUUCAAAAUGAUUAGAUAUUGUAUAAUAUUAACAUAAAUCAGUGUUUCAUUUCAUCUUUGUUUCCAUUUUAUUUCAUGUCAUCUUUUGUUUCAAACAAUGCAUAAUAAGCAUAAUCAACAUAGGGAAUAUGAUAUGUGGAAGCUGAUAAGCUGUGAAAGAAUAUGUCCAUUCAGCAGACAUGUUAAUUAACAUUUUAAUUUAGCACUGACCUCAGUUAACCAAUAACGAAAAUCUUGCAUAAUUUAGUCAGAUGCUCGAUUUAUGUUUGCGCAGUUGGUCCACGAGAGUUUAAUUUAGCACUAAACAACAUUAAUGCAUCACGGUGAAACACCGGUAUCAGUGUGUUUCAGCAUGUGUUUUUGUGUGCAGAAGCCAAGAGUCCACUGAACAGUGUUUUCCUUUUAAUACAAUUAUUUAUUUCCUUCUGCAGGGCUACAAUUGUGUCCCUGGAGGACUUUGAGCAGCGUCUGAACCAGGCUAUCGAGAGGAACGCCUUCCUGGAGAGCGAGUUGGAUGAGAAGGAGUCCCUCCUGGUCUCAGUGCAGAGAUUGAAAGACGAAGCCAGAGGUGCUUAUUGAUCCGGUUUCACUCAAACCCCUGCCUGCCUUCACUCGUUAGAAAAUUUGCUGUUCCUUUUUCUCUUUCAACUUCUCAGUGAUAUGUGUGAAAUGAAUAGAACCCAUGUUCUCACAGCAUUAGCAUUGCUUAUAGCCACAAAUUAUUGUUGGGAGAGACUGUCACAGCAUUAACCUCAAUCUGAAUGUCUAGUCUGACUUAGCCUUAAAUAGUCUGUCUGUCUGCUUGUCUGUCAGACCUGCGUCAGGAGCUCGCCGUCCGAGAGCGAAAUACGGACGUAACCAGGAUGUCGGCGCCCACCUCGCCCACCCAGGAGGUCAAUGACAAGAUGGAUUCCUCUGUCCAGGCCUCACGGUCUCUCCCCGCGACGCCGCUCGCAAAGAGUCUUGAAAAUGCCUUCGCCAACCCCACAGGUACCCUUUUGCUCUGACCUCAACACUUCAAUGUGUCUCCUUUUUUAUGUGAAGUAUACUGUAUGUCAAUGACUGUUCUAUUGGUGAACGUACAAUCACUGGAUAACAAAAUGGACGAGCUCCGUUCGAGACUAUCCUAUAAAUGGGACCUGAAGAACUGUAAUAUCCUAUGUUUCUCGGAGUCGUGGCUGAACAAGGACAUGGAUAAGAUACACUAUAUAUAUAAAAGGAUGUGGAAACCCCUUCAAAUCAGAGGAUUCGUCUAUUUCAGUAAACCCGUUGCUGACGGGUGUAUAAAAUUGAGCACACAGCAAUGCAAUCUCCAUAGACAAACAUUGGCAGUAGAAUGACCUUACUGAAGAGCUCAGUGACUUUCAACGUGGCACCGUCAUAGGAUGCCACCUUUCCAACAAGUCAGUUUGUUACAUUUCUGCCCUGCUAGACCUGCCCCAGGCAACUGUAAGUGCUGUUAUUGUGAAGUGGAAACGUCUAGGAGCAACAACGGCUUAGCCGCGAAGUGGUAGGGACCACAAGCUCACAGAGCGGGACCGGCGAGUACUGAAGCACGCAGCGCGUAAAGAUCGUCUGUCCCCAGUUGCAACACUCACUACCAAGUUCCAAACUGCCUCUGGAAGCAACGUCAGCACAAUAACUGUUCGUCGGGAGCAUCAUGCAAUGAGUUUCCAUGGUCGAGCAGCCGCACACAGGCCUAAGAUCACCAUGCGCAAUGCUAAGCGUCAGCUGGAGUGGUGUAAAACUCGCCGCCAUUUGACUUUGGAGCAGUGGAAACGCCUUCUCUGGAGUGAUGAAUCACGCUUCAACAGGAGAACGCUACCUGCCCCAGUGCAUAGUGCCAACUGUAAAGUUUGGUGUUGGAGUAAUGGUCUGAGGCUAUUUUUCAUGGUUCGGGCUAGGCCCCUUAGUUCCAGUGAAGGGAAAUCUUAACACUACAGCAUACAAUUACAUUCUAGAUGAUUCUGUGCUUCUAACUUUGUGGCAACAGUUUGGGGAAGGCCCUUCCUGUUUCAGCAUGACAAUGUCCUUGUGCACAAAGCGAGGUCCCCGACCAAAAAAUUUAAUCUUGGUCGACCGAAAGUUGUCUGUUCUUUCGACCAAUCGGUUGGUCAACAAUUUUUCCAUAUAUAGACACACCCUAUGUGUUUUAAUAAAAUCAACUAUAUGCAUUGAGCUUGUCUGAUGCGUUAAACUUCCGGUUUGAUGAAAGAAGACAUGCUUCAAGAGGGCGCCAGAGAUCUAGAUAACUGAAGAAAAAACCCUUAACCUGACCCAACUAUUCUCCUCCCGCUCCUGCUGGCUUUUCCAGAUUCUGCCAUUACUCUCCUGAAGUUGCCGGUAAUAGGCUACACAAGGAGUCUGCAAUUUUUCUCAUGUGGAAUGCCAAAUUGUCUCACCACUUCUACCGAUCUGUGUGCCAGUUAUGGUUUUCAUAUGCACAUUAUCAUUUAAUUUAUAAUAACAUCUUCAUAGCUCAGUCAUUGUCAUGUGGUUAAUCAAAAUUCUAUCCAAAUCUAAAUGAAAAUGAUACAAACCUAAAAAGUAACUUAUUUUGCCAUUGCCAAGUAUUUAAAAUAGCCUACAUAAACCAACAAAUGAAAACAUUGCAGCCUGCAGGUAGAAAAUAUCCUGAUAAAAAUAAAUAUCCUAUAAAUCACAUUGGCUACACAUGGCCUGUCUGCAACGAACUUGAAACAUUGUAUCAACUAUUAACUUGGGUCCAGCCUGAAGCUUGCGAGCAACAGCUUGCUAGACACACCUGUAGGCUAUUUGCGCAAGGGAUAAGAAGCUGUGCUUGACUUGGGUAGGAGCUUGGCACCUCAAAUGUUCUACUGCUUGAGCUCCUGUUCCUCUUAUAGAUUAGCUCAAAAGUAAGGCCCUAAAAAUUGUCAGACUCCAGCCACCCAAGUCAUAGACUGUUCUCUUUGCUACCGCAUGGCCAGCGGUGCCGAUGCACCAAGUCUGGAACCAACAGGACCCUGAACAGCUUCUACCCCCAAGCCAUAAGACUGCUAAAUAGUUCGUCCGGGUAGCUAUUUGGUUAACUAUUUAAAUAUCUGCAUUGACCCUUUUUGCACAAACUUUUUUGACUCAUCACAUACGCUACUGCUACUGUUUGUCUGUCACUUUAUUCCUAGUUAUAUGUACAUAUCUACCUCAGUUACCUUGUACUCCUGCACAUCGACUUGGUACUGGUACCCCUUGUAUAUAGCCAAGUUAUUGUUACUCAUUGUGUAUCUAUUAUUACAUGUUUUACUUUUCUAUUAUUUUUCAAUUUUCUUUCAAUCUGCAUUGUUGGGAAGCAUUUCACUGUUAGUCUACACCUGUUGUUUACAAAGCAUGUGAUGAAUAAAAUGUGAUUUGAUUUGUAUGUUGUAUUUAUAUUCCAGAGUUGUCCAAUGGCCUUGGUAACUCACUGACGCCCUCUGCAAGAAUAUCAGCCCUCAACAUCGUCAGUGACUUGCUACGGAAAGUGGGGGUGAGUCAUACAUUUUUCUGUUUGCACACAUUCACUAUUCACUGUAUACUCUGGUACACCAAGACUGUGUCUUAUACCAUAUACAGUGAGGGAAAAAAGUAUUUGAUCCCCUGCUGAUUUUGUACGUUUGCCCACUUACAAAGACAUGAUCAGUCUAUAAUUUUAAUGGUAGGUUUAUUUGAACAGUGAGAGACAGAAUAACAACAACAAAAAAUCCAGAAAAAUGCAUGUCAAAAAUUUUAUAAAUUGAUUUGCAUUUUAACGAGGGAAAUAAGUAUUUGACCCCCUCUCAAUCAGAAAGAUUUCUGGCUCCCAGGUGUCUUUUAUACAGGUAACGAGCUGAGAUUAGGAGCACAUUCUUAACGGGAGUGCUCCUAAUCUCAGCUUGUUACCUGUAUAAAAGACACCUGUCCACAGAAGCAAUCAAUCAAUCAGAUUCCAAACUCUCCACCAUUGCCAAGACCAAAGAGCUCUCCAAGGAUGUCAGGGACAAGAUUGUAGACCUACACAAGGCUGGAAUGGGCUACAAGACCAUCGCCAAGCAGCUUGGUGAGAAGGUAACAACAGUUGGUGCAAUUAUUCGCAAAUGGAAGAAACACAAAAGCACUGUCAAUCUCCCUCGGCUUGGGGCUCCAUGCAAGAUCUCACCUCGUGGAGUUGCAAUGAUCAUGAGAACGGUGAGGAAUCAGCCCAGAACUACAUGGGAGGAUCUUGUCAAUGAUCUCAAGGCAGCUGGGACCAUAGUCACCAAGAAAACAAUUGGUAACACACUACGCCGUGAAGGACUGAAAUCCUGCAGCACCCGCAAGGUCCCCCUGCUCAAGAAAGCACAUAUACAGGCCCGUCUGAAGUUUGCCAAUGAACAUCUGAAUGAUUCAGAGGAGAACUGGGUGAAAGUGUUGUGGUCAGAUGAGACCAAAAUUGAGCUCUUUGGCAUCAACUCAACUCGCCGUGUUUGGAGGAGGAGGAAUGCUGCCUAUGACCCCAAGAACACCAUCUCCACCGUCAAACAUGGAGGUGGAAACAUUAUGCUUUGGGGGGGGUUUUCUGCUAAGGGGACAGGACAACUUCACCGCAUCAAAGGGACGAUGGACGGGGCCAUGUACCGUCAAAUCUUGGGUGAGAAUCUCCUUCCCUCAGCCAGGGCAUUGAAAAUGGGUCGUGGAUGGGUAUUCCAGCAUGACAAUGACCCAAAACACACGGCCAAGGCAACAAAGGAGUGGCUCAAGAAGAAGUACAUUAAGGUCCUGGAGUGGCCUAGCCAGUCUCCAGACCUUAAUCCCAUAGAAAAUCUGUGGAGGGAGCAGAAGGUUCGAGUUGCCAAACGUCAGCCUCGAAACCUUAAUGACUUGGAGAAGAUCUGCAAAGAGGAGUGGAACAAAAUCCCUCCUGAGAUGUGUGCAAACCUGGUGGCCAACUAUAAGAAACGUCUGACCACUGAUCGCCAACAAGGGUUUUGGCACCAAGUACUAAGUCAUGUUUUGCAGAGGGGUCAAAUACUUAUUUCCCUCAUUAAAAUGCAUAUCAAUUUAUAACAGCGUGCAUUUUUCUGGAUUUUUUGUUGUUGUUAUUCUGUCUCUCACUGUUCAAAUAAACCUACCAUUAAAAUUAUAGACUGAUCAUGUCUUUGUCAGUGGGCAAACGUACAAAAUCAGCAGGGGAUCAAAUACUUUUUUCCCUCACUGUUUCCAUCUCUUGCUAAUAGUGGAAGGCCUCUAUCUUUUUGUGUUCUCUACGUCCUUCUCAGGCUCUGGAGUCUAAGCUGACAGCCUGCAGGAACUUUGCGAAGGACCAGAAAGCCAGGAAGUCUUAUGCUGUCACGGAGAACGGGAACGUGAUCAACGGCAACACAGCCAAGUUCUCCCAUACACUCCACACAACGUCGUCAUACUACGACAAAACGUAAGUUGAAGCCCAAUUCAACUUCACCCUCUGUGACUCACACACACAUUACUCAUUUGUGAGGAACAGGAGAUUGAAGAUACGCUUUUCAGAGAAAACCACUUUAUAAAGGACAACAACAUUUCUUAAUGUCAAAUCUUUGCUUUGGUUAUAAGCCUAAUGCAUUUGUCAUUUUCUCGAUUAUUGUUUGCUGUGUUAAGACCCUCUGGUUUUACAGUUAGAUUUCUUAACGUUGAUAAUGAUCCAUUUGACUGUAGAAAUGUGUAUUUGAAAUGUUUCUUUAAUGUUGGGAGUACAUGGAAGUGUGUUGAUGUUGGAGAAGUUAUGGAGGUUGACAAGGUCUCUCAGACCCUUGUGUUUUUCCCCAGCAGGAGAGAGAGGGUCAUAUUCCCUGCAUUAAUUCUGGGGCAGUCAAUCACCUGCAUGCUGUUUGAUUAACAAGCCUCCCUCCUUUCAAUUGUAGUGCUGUGGUAGACUCACUCACUGUGGGGCUAGAUAACUGCUCUGGGUGGUGGUACAUUUCUCUGCUUCUUAACACUAUGCUGAUAUACAGUAGAUAGAUCUCCUUCCCAUUAUUAUAUAUGUAUGUCUGCUGGUGUGAGUUGGUAGCUUUAACGGUAGUGUCUUUCAAUAUGGAUCAAUAAUCAUAUUAGGGGGAAAUUGAUUCUCAGUUUUGUGGUGUGUAGGAGAAAGCAUGUAGUGCAAUGGAAAGAUGGUUGUGGUACAGUUCUUUGAAUUUUGUUCUCAAUUAUUGUCAAUUAACUACAAACUACUGCAUGUGAACAAGAUACAGUUUUGCAGCUGUUUCUAAAGUGCAAAGUCAAAAGUAACUUUUCACUGUUCUUAUAUAGCCAGUGCUGUCCUUCUGUUCUUCCAUAUUGAGGUUGUCUUUCAAGGUAUGAAUACUACUAUAUGUCCCAUAUAGAGGUGGUGUGACUGUUUGUAGAGGUUGUAGUGUCAUGGUGUUGUUUCUGCUGUGUGAGGAACUAUUGAUAUGAGCUUGACUGAGCAUGUUGAGCAGGACAUGCUCACAAGGAUGCAGUUUUGGUUUCACCGCAGGGAGGAGUAGAGGAGCUAUACAUAUAGCUCUUUACUAAAGAGCACACUGUCACAGCUGAGCCAUACUAUUCAGAGGACUAGCUAGCUAAAUAAAUAUGGAAGGAAUAGGAUUCCAGACACAGGAGUUUGAAGUGGAGUACAUUAAUAUCCAACACAGCUUAUAAUUAACUUUUUUUUAAGCAAUUAUUUUAAGGAGUGGGGCUGUCCCACUCCUUUCGUAAUUUUUUUUAGCUUUAUUGAAGAGAGAUUACAGUGGAAAGAUGGGGGAGAGGGAGCCAAAGGGCAGUUGGCCGGAUUCGAACCCAUGCCAACUCUGGAAUUUACUUUUUUGUAUGGUCAAAAUUAGGUUGAACAAACUCCACUAGGUAUUAAAAGAGAGGGGAGGGAGCAUGUGUAUGGUUUUACAUUUGCUUGGCAUGUGCAGGAAGGAGCAAACUGGGUGAAAUGAGUUUUAUAACCUUUACGUCAGUGAUCUUCCACUCACAUAGGCUACUUUAUAAACUAUUUGGCACAGUCUAAGUCAUAGCAACAGAAUCUAUUUUGAAAUAGUGGAACUCUAUUGGCCUAUGUGGAUAGGGCUAAAUUGACACGUUUCUUACAGAAGAAAUAUGGAAAUGCAUAACCAUGGUAGCAAUUAAAAGGGAACAGUUUGGAGAAUAUGGGAAAAUUAUUACACUAAAGCUGAGGACACAACAGUUCACCUGACACAAGACUGAAUCCAAACAUUACACUGUUGAUUUUAUGUGGAUUUUACAUUUACUGUACUUUUCGUCGCAUUUGUUUAUAACGAAAUCUGAAAAUACUAUGGAUACAUUCAGUAACAUGAUAAGAAUAUUCUUGGAAAUUUGGGGUAGGUGCAACAGAAGACAACACACCUCUCCUAAAUAAUUUAAAUGCACUUGUAUGACUCAAACAAGAGUCUUCAACUACAGUGAGCUCCAAAAAUAUUGGGACAGUGACACAUUUGUUGUUGUUUUGGCUCUGUACUUUGGUUAAAGUGCAGACUGACAGCUUUCAUUUGAGGGUAUUUUCAUCCAUAUCAGGUGAACUGUUUAGAAAUUACAUCACUUUUUGUACAUAAACUAGGUUUCCUGAUUUUCAUGCGAAUAUUUUAAAAUCUGCAUAAAAACAAUAUGCACAUUUUCCCACCAGAGAUGUUUCCAUCAAAUGUACUUGUUGCAGAUAAAAGGCUGUGCGUGAUGACGUAGUGCACAUAAAAAUACUUGUGAAAUGGGUUUCCAUCGCAUUUUGAACUUCUCACAAACAAUGUUGCGUUAUAUAGCGAGUGUGCCCACUCUGGUAUUGGCACAUGCGCUCUAGCCAACAGUCCUAUCUGCGCGCUGUUGGCUAGCAUGCAUAUAUAACCUACAUGAUGAGAUUAUUAUGGACAAAAGAGACAAGUUUAUUUUUCAAACUGCAGCCAAGCAUCGAUUAUCAUGUCACCAGAAUAAGACCCUCUAUAUUUAUUGGAAAGGAGCAUCAAGCUCAUCACCUUGCACUUUCACCACCCUGAAGUUCAUCAUAACUUUUUUCAUCUGUAGCCUAAUAAACGUAAUUUUUUCCUGAAGAGUCGUAGUGCGAGGACCAAACGUCAUCGGGUGACUCCCAAGUUUACUUCGAUGUGAUGGUUAUUAUCAAUAUUUGCUCAUAAAUGAGUUUCCACCAAAAUUUCUCGCAUAACUCAUUUUACCUUGUCUAACGUGUUGUCUAGCGUAUAAUGUGUUGUCGACAUUUGGAAAGUUUACCAAAUAAAAUUCUGUUUCCAUCAGGCCUGUCACGACAUUUUUUAUCCAACAUGUACUUUACUUGCAUAAAAAGGUUGGAUGGAAAUAUGGAUUCAAAUUUCAGUCAAUUUAGCUUCCGAUUAACUGACCGGUCAACAAACAGUAUUUUUUUCCCCCAAACAGUCAAAUGACGUGACCAACAGAAAAUGCUAUUGGAGAUCUGUAUAUAAUGAUGAGAUGCUUAUGUUUCCGCCCUAACAAUGAGAGUCGUCCCAAGGUGGGAAGGCAGGCGACAAGCUUAGGCCCAAAAUAAGCCUGUAGAAACGCGUUUGACUUACACUCUAUACAGUGGAUUCGGAAAGUGUUCAGACCCCUUGACUUUUUCCAAAUUUUGUUAUGUUACAGCCUUAUUCUAAAAUGGAUUAAAUCUACACACAACACCCCAUAAUGACAAAACAAAAAACAGGUUUUUAUAAAUGUACAUAAGUAUUCAGACCCUUUACUCAGUACUUUGUUGAAGCACCUUUGGCAGAGAUUACAGCCUUGAGUCUUCGUGGGUAUGACGCUACAAGCUUGGCACACCUGUAUUUGGGGAGUUUCUCCCAUUUUUCUCUGCAGAUCCUCUCGAGCUCUGUCAGGUUGGAUGGGGAGCGUCCCUGCACUGCUAUUUUCAGGUCUCUCCAGAGAUGUUUGAUCGGGUUCAAGUCCGGGCUCUGGCUGGGCCACUCAAGAGACUUGUCCCAAAGCCACUCCUGCGUUGUCUUGGCUGUGUGCUUAGGGUCGUUCAACUGUUGGAAGGUGAACCUUCACCCCAGUCUAGGUUCCUGAGCGCUCUGGAGCAGGUUUUCAUCAAGGAUCUCUCUGUACUUUGCUCCAUUCAUCUUUCCCUCGAUCCUGACUAGUCUUCCAGUCCAUGCCGCUGAAAAACAUCCCCACAGCAUGAUGGUGCCAGGUUUCCUCCAGAUGUGACACUUGGCAUUCAGGCCAAAGAGUUCAAUCUUGGUUUCAUCAGACCAGAGAAUCUUGUUUCUCAUGGUCUGAGAGUCCUUUAAGUGCCUUUUGGCAAACUCCAAGCGGGCUGUCGGCAAACUCCAAGCGGGCUGUCAUGUGCCUGUUACUGAGGAGUGGCUUCCGUCUGGCCACUCUACCAUAAAGGCCUGAUUGGUGGAGUGCUGCAGAGAUGGUUGUUCCUUCUGGAAGGUUCUCCAAUCUCCAGAGGAAAUCUGGAGCUCUGUCACAGUGACCGUUGGGUUCUUGGUCACCUCCCUGACCAAGGCCCUUCUCCCCCGAUUGCUCAGUUUGGCCGGGCGGCCAGCUCUAGGAAGAGUCUUGGUGGUUCCAAACUUCUUCCAUUUAAGAAUGAUGGAGGCCACUGUGUUCUUGGGGACCUUCAAUGCUGCAGACAUUUUUUGGUACCCUUCCCCAGAUCUGUGCCUCGACACAAUCCUGUCUCUGUUCUCUAUGGACAAUUCUUCGACCUCAUGGCUUGGUUUUUUCUCUGACAUGCACUGUCAACUGUGGGACCUUAUAUAGACAGGUGUAUGCCUUUCCAAAUCAUGUCCAAUCAAUUGAAUUUACUACAGGUGGACUCCAAUGAAGUUGUGGAAACAUCUCAAGGAUGAUCAAUGGAAACAGGCUGCACCUGAGCUCUUUUUCAAGUCUCAUAGCGAAGGGUCUGAAUACUUAUGUAAAUAAGGUUUUUUAUUUUUUUACGUUUGCAAACAUUUAUAAAAACCAGUUUUCGCUUUGUCAUUAUAGAGUAUUGUGUGUAGAUUGAUUAGGGGGGAAAACGAUUUAAUCAAUUUUAGAAAAAGGCUGUAAUGUAACAAAAUGUGGAAAAAGUCAAGGGGUUUGAAUACUUUCCGAAUGCUCUGUAUAUAUGUGUGUGUGUGUGUGUGUGUGUGUGUGUAUAUAUAUAUAUAUAUAUAUACACACACACACACACACACACACACACACACACACACACACACACACACACACAGUGGGGAGAACAAGUAUUUGAUACACUGCCGAUUUUGCAGGUUUUCCUACUUACAAAGCAUGUAGAGGUCUGUAAUUUGUAUCAUAGGUACACUUCAACUGUGAGAGACGGAAUCUAAAACAAAAAUCCAGAAAAUCACAUUGUAGGAUUUUUAAGUAAUUCAUUUGCAUUUUAUUGCAUGACAUAAGUAUUUGAUCACCUACCAACCAGUAAGAAUUCCGGCUCUCACAGACCUGUUAGUUUUUCUUUAAGAAGCCCUCCUGUUCUCCACUCAUUACCUGUAUUAACUGCACCUGUUUGAACUCGUUACCUGUAUAAAAGACACCUGUCCACACACUCAAUCAAACAGACUCCAACCUUUCCACAAUGGCCAAGACCAGAGAGCUGUGUAAGGACAUCGGGGAUAAAAUUGUAGACCUGCACAAGGCUGGGAUGGGCUACAGGACAAUAGGCAAGCAGCUUGGUGAGAAGGCAACAACUGUUGGCGCAAUUAUUAGAAAAUGGAAGAAGUUCAAGAUGACGGUCAAUCACCCUCGGUCUGGGGCUCCAUGCAAGAUCUCACCUCGUGGGGCAUCAAUGAUCAUGAGGAAGGUGAGGGAUCAGCCCAGAACUACACGGCAGGACCUGGUCAAUGACCUGAAGAGAGCUGGGACCACAGUCUCAAAGAAAACCAUUAGUAACACACUACGCCAUCAUGGAUUAAAAUCCUGCAGCGCACGCAAGGUCCCCCUGCUCAAGCCAGUGCAUGUCCAGGCGCGUCUGAAGUUUGCCAAUGACCAUCUGGAUGAUCCAGAGGAGGAAUGGGAGAAGGUCAUGUGGUCUGAUGAGACAAAAAUAGAGCUUUUUGGUCUAAACUCCACUCGCCGUGUUUGGAGGAAGAAGAAGGAUGAGUACAACCCCAAGAACACCAUCCCAACCGUGAAGCAUGGAGGUGGAAACAUCAUUUUUUGGGGAUGCUUUUCUGCAAAGGGGACAGGACGACUGCACCGUAUUGAGGGGAGGAUGGAUGGGUCCAUGUAUCGCGAGAUCUUGGCCAACAACCUCCUUCCCUCAGUAAGAGCAUUGAAGAUGGGUCGUGGCUGGGUCUUCCAGCAUGACAACGACCCGAAACACACAGCCAGGGCAACUAAGGAGUGGCUCCGUAAGAAGCAUCUCAAGGUCCUGGAGUGGCCUAGCCAGUCUCCAGACCUGAACCCAAUAGAAAAUCUUUGGAGGGAGCUGAAAGUCUGUAUUACCCAGCGACAGCUGUAUGGAGGAGUGGGCCAAAAUCCCUGCUGCAGUGUGUGCAAACCUGGUCAAGACCUACAGGCAACGUAUGAUCUCUGUAAUUGCAAACAAAGGUUUCUGUACCAAAUAUUAAGUUCUGCUUUUCUAAUGUAUCAAGUACUUAUGUCAUGCAAUAAAAUGCAAAUUAAUUACUUAAAAAUCAUACAAUGUGAUUUUCUGGAUCUCACAGUUGAAGUGUACCUAUGAUAAAAAUUACAGACCUCUACAUACUUUUAAGUAGGAAAACAUGCAAAAUCGGGCGGUGUAUCAAAUACUUGUGCUCCCCACUGUAAGUGAAUUUGUCCCAAUACUUUUGGUCCCCUAAAAUGGGACUAUGUACAAAAAGUGCUGUAAUUUCUAAACGGCUCACCCGAAAUGAAGGAAAAUGCCCUCAAAUUAAAGCUGACAGUCUGCACUUUAACUUCAUAGUCAUUGUGUCAUUUCAAAUCCAAAGUGCUGGAGUACAGAGCCAAAACAACAACGAAUGUCACUGUCCCAAUUUUGGAGCUCACUGUAUAAGGUGUUUUCUUUGGAACACAGCCCUGCAUCCCCACCUUUACACAAUUACUGUUGUUUACGCAAUCCAAAAACUGUCCAUUUUAUAAAUCACAAUCUGGGUCAGGUAGGCAUCAUUUGAAAGCUUCUUCUAUUGCCAACAUGACUAGCUAAAUUAUAAAAUACGAGGUUACAAUGUUAGGCUUUCACUAGGCAAUUCAGGGAAGCAGAUCGUAAUUUUGGUGCUCAUAGAAUGGAGUCAUGAGUGCAUGUUCCGUUGCAUAUUUUCUUCACAAUACAACAAACAGGCUCAUUCUGUUCAGGACAACCCAGGGUGUAACGCUGUGUCAUCUCGUAACUGUACAUCAAACAUAGUGAUCAUAAAUGUUGACACUAUAAAUUACCUUACUUUUAUUAUAUAGAAAUGUAUACAGGUAUGAGUGUAAAGGGUUAACAAUCAGAAAAUUCUCCAGAGGUGUUAUUUGUAGUGACUUCCAGCAGAUCUAUUUAUCUAUCAUCAAGUUUCAUUUUUGGCUGCACGUGCCCGAAGCCCUGUGUGUGCUGCCUAAUGUUUUCCCCUGUGUGCGACCGUGUGUGACCGUGACAUGGUUGCCUGGCGACCCAGACUCUUUGCUCCGGCGAAAUGCCACGCCUACGGACAUUAGUUUCUUCUCCGCAAUGAGUCUGAAUCUGAGUACCUCCUGACGAUUUCUAGAAUGCAAACACAUUCUAACCGUUGGUCCCAGAAACCAAUGGGAUGAGCCAGAACACACCACAGGAGGUUGGUGGCACCUUAAUUAGGGAGGACGGGCUCGUGGUAAUGGCUGGAGUGGAAUGGUAUCAAAUACAUCAAACACACGGUUUCCAUGUGUUUAACACACUCCGUUCCUGCCAUUUAUUAUGUGCCGUCCUCCCCUCAGCAGCCUACACUGGAACACACAUAGGUAAAGCAGUGUUUUGUCAUUUGCUCUGAUACUCUGUUUGGUUAGAGGUGACCAAACGCUGAUGACUUUGUUUUGUACAACAGCUCUCGUUGUGACGUCACCACAAACAACUUCAACAAUGGCAGUCUCAGACUGAAGUAGGUAGCAGUAGAGUAGAGCAGCGGAAUAAUUCAGUUUAAGUCGUCAGGCAAGUGACAAGGCUGACCGGUAGUAGGAUAAUGUGGACAUACUAAUAGGUGACCUGCUGUGGCUGAGGUCACUGGUUCAACCCUGCGCUGGGCACUAAGAUCCAUAGCCCGCUGGAAAGUGUGCCUGCCUGUGUAGUGAUUGUGGCUUCAUUCAAAUGGCCCCUUUUGUCUGGCAGACUAGACAAAGGAGACCAGUGUAAAGUGAUAGUCCAGUUUAUCUGCUCCACAAAUAGACCUACAUCAGUAGUUUUACUUAUGUGUAGCCCAUCUUCAUUGAAACUCUAAUUUAAAAUGCCAUGCAAUACCUACCUAGGUAUUAGGCUAUGCAGAUUUUAUGUUUGCUAUGCUAAUAUACCUGUUUUACCACCCCAUAAUAUGAAUCCAGCAAGGUUAAUUUUGUAAGUAGCAACAAGUGAAAUGUUGCCUAACCGUCAGUAAACCAGACUAACCCAUGUUGUGUUUGUGUUUACAGCAGGGCGGUGAAUGGCCUGGACCCUGGCACGCUGACAGCCGUCACAGCACCCCCCGCUCCCUCCCCUCCUGACCUACUGCCCCUCAUUGUGUGACAGUGACAGACAGUACCCCUGCCAAGCCCCUCCCCACAACACCUUCCUCCUCC